AUGACAAAGUCCUUCCAAGAAGCAGAGAUGAACGAUCUGGCCAAAACAGGACCCAGCAGGAAAGACCCGGUGUCGCCAGGACCGACGCAAGGUAGACCGACUACCGGAGGACCAAGCCUGUCCGAUCCAGCUCCCGAGCGUCUUUGCCCGGUAGGUCCGGGUCCACCAAUCCAUUUGAGGGAACCCGCUUGGCCAUCCACCCGUGUCCUCUGCGUGGCGGCCAGAGGAGACGUCCAGGCUGGGCGCCCCCGUGUGCCUCCCGCUGCGCGGCAACAAAGUCGCCGUCCUCGUUCACCCACUCCUCACCGGCUUAGACCGGCAGAACCGCAGCUGGUGGCGAAGCUUCCAGUCCAGAGUGAGGAGGGGCCGCCAAAUCACAAAGUGUUCUGCCGCGAAAUGCGGGCGGAGUUGGAGCGACAGAGCGUCGAACUGGCGGCUCUCACGGCCCAGAUCCGGUAAGGAUUAGAGAACGAGCCGAGCUACGCUGACGUCGCGACUGCGACUGAAUUUUGCUCAUGCGGCAGUGGCAACGGAUCCGCUACCAAGCAUGGCUCAUGUCGCUGUUGCAACGGAUCUGCUGCCAAGACACGCCCACGUUGCAGUUUCGACGGACUCGUGACUGACUUUUGCUCACACGGCAGUGGCAACUGAUCUGCUACCAAGCCAAGCGCACGUUGCAGUGGGAACGGAUCCGCCA